UCGGCACGUUUUUAUUUGGUGUUCUUCAUUGUCAUAAUUCUAUUUCGAUUGUCUUCAUCAAGUAUUGUGCAUUUUACCUGCCGAGUAUAUUUCAUAUUUCACCGUUAAAUGUAAAUCACUUCGCGAUAAUCUUGCUGCAACAAGCCAAAGCAUGGGCAUCAUUGGACUUGUGACUUUUCUAACUCGUCUCCCCGGCGGUUGUCGGGCGGUUAAUGUGCUGGACGAAAUUCGCAAUUCAGGAAGGAAAGAACCAUUGAUAGCCAUCGAUAUCUUGACGCUAAUAUGCUCCUUGUGUGGCCCGAUCGAUGAACAAAUCUACGGCUGCCGGAAUCAAUUCGCAUGGACCUAUGCGAGUAAAUUUUGUGACAGUCUCAUCGGAGCCGGCGCGAGACUGGUCUUCUUCAUCGAUGGGAAGGUCCACGAAGGCAAAUAUAAGCAUUGGAUCCAACGCCAGGAGAAGGUAUAUGCGGAAUGCCUUAAAAAGUUGGACAAUAUACCCACCCAAUUCAAAGGCAAGAAUCGGGGACAGAUACAAGGGAACGUAACGAAGCAUGCAUUUAUUGCCGCUCUAAUAUCUGCUGCCAGGAAAAAGGGAAUACUAAUCACGACCUAUGAUGUGGAGUGUGAUCGGGAGAUCGCAAUGUUUGCCAAGAAACACGAUGCCCUGGCGGUGUUUACCGGGGAUUCUGACUACUUGAUUUAUGAAGGCAAAUGGCGGGUGUGGUCCGGCUCGGAUCUGAACCUGGAAACUAUGCGUACUUACGAGUGGGACAAAGAAGUAUUGAGAAAUGCAUUGAAACUUGAGUGGAGCCAAAUGCCCUUCUUUGCUGUGAUCGCAGGGAACGAUCAUUUCAAGCAUCGACCGUCAGGAAUAUGCACAUUCUAUAAGGUAGCUCAGAGAGUGAAAGAAUUGAAUCUGAAACUGGGUAUAACGAAAAUAACCAUUGAGUUGUACGAGGAAAUAUUCGGUAGACGAGAUGAAAAUCUGAGAAACAGCUUCGAGGAUGGUAUCACACUCUACGAUUUGAACAUCACGGUAAAGAGAACAAUGGUGCCUCCAGAAAUUCGUCAUUUCCCCAAUUAUGCUGUGUGCAUUCUGCGUAAUAUUCCCGGGACCAUUCGAUUACCGUGUCUCGAUCUUCGCGAAGCGGAGUAUUCUCAAAUUGCCCUUCAAAUAUACCGUCGUCAAGUUGGUUUGCUCUUUCGGCAUCGACCAAUAGUGUUUGGGCAAACACUUACAUCGCAAGUGUUCAUAAAGCCAAACCAUUAUGCGCCGUAUAAAAUCAUUGCGGUCACUCCAAUGUAUCCUCCGAGCGGCAUGGAAAUCCCCAGUCCAGAAGAGCUGUACUCUUUCGACACGGAUGCGUCAUCCUCGCUGGUGAUGACGAAAUUGAGAAUCCUUUGCUGGCUCGUGUCCGACAAAUUGACAGUAGACGAAGUGUUUAACAUCCAUCCGAACUAUCUGCUCGACGUUUUAACGCUCUAUUUCCUAGUGGAGAACAAUCUCCUAGACACAGUGACUGCCGACAUUAUUCUGAUUGCGAUUCAUCAUUGUUUGAACAACACAAUUCCCCUAGCUUUGCCUCUGCAGCGACCGCGAAAACCGAACGUACAGACCUGCUUCCUGUAUCUGCAUUUCUACGCGAUGAUCUAUUUCUGUGCGGAAGUCGUGGGACUUCGAAAGGAGCUGGACAGUUUUUUCCUGUGCAAAUUCGAUGGAGUGUACUUCAAUGGUAUUGUUGACCAGCUGCGACACGAUUUCGCCACAAGGGAAUCGACUAUGACCGCACUCAGCAAUCUGCGACUAUACACAAAGAUUUUGAAUGUUUCUGAAGAGUCGACGGACCGGAAUGCUUUUCUCCAGCGGCUGGAACAAUCGGAUAGUACCCACUAUGAGCCGCUAUGCAAGAUUUUGAAGACUAGCCAAGAAUAACAUACUGUAGAUUCAGUAUAUCAUAAUUGGUAAAUUGUGGUUGUUUUAUUUUUUAUUGGAUUAUAAACAUUAAGGGCGUCUGUUCCGACAAUUAAUAAAUAAUUAUAACAAGUUGAAA